AUGGCCUUACACUUAGAUAAAAGUCGUAAACCCGAGGAAAUAAAUGUAUCGUGCAGCGGCUAUAUGUCCCCGAAAUAUGCAAUGGGAGGACGGUUUUCAGAGAAAUCUGAUGUUUUUAGCUUAGGAGUACUACUCUUAGAGAUUGUUUGUGAAAGAAGAAACUCAAAUUCGACUCUUUUAGCUUAUGUAUGGUCAAUUUGGAAUGAAGGGGAGAUUAAUAGUCUAGUAGAUCCUGAGAUCUUUGACCAACUCUUUGAAAAAGAAAUUCGCAAAUGUAUUCACAUUGGGUUAUUGUGUGGACAAGAAGCUGCUAACGAUAGGCCAAGUGUUGCUAUGGUGUGUUCAAUGCUUAGCAGCGAGAUUGUAGACAUUCCAAAACCUAAACGUCCAUCUUUUGUAUCAAGGAAUGGUGUUUCAGAAGCCGAGACAUCUGAAAACAGUGACCAAAAAGCCUCCAUCAACAAUGUCACCAUCACCGAUGUCACGGGACGUUAG